AUGAAUGUUAGAAUGCUGACCGACAGGAACAAUAGUCACAACGCCAGCACCUACUACCACAACUACAGCGCCGACCACCACAACUUCAGCGCCGACCACCACAACUUCAGCGCCGACCACGACAACUACAGCACCGACCAUCACAACUCCAGCACUGAUCAACACAACUCUAGCGCCAACCACCACUACAACAGUAGACACCACAACACUACUGCCGACCACCACAAGUCCAGCGCCGAUCACCACAACAACACGCCGACCACCACAACUUCAGCACCGACCACCACAACUACAGAAACCAGGACCAAAGAAACCACACAUAGAAAACAUACCACCACAAAAACACCACAUACUAAACACACCACAACUUCAGCGUCAACCACCACAACUCCAACACCAACCACCACAACUCCAGUAUUGACCACCAAAACAACAGUGGACACCACAACUCCGGAAACCUUGACCACAAAAGCCCCGCAUACAAAACACAACAUCACAAAAACAACACAUACCAAACACACCACCACAGAAGCACCACAUACAAAACACCCCCCCACAAAAACACCACAUACAAAAAACACCACCACAAACACCCCACAUACAAAACACACCACAACUCCAGCGCCAACCACCACAACCACAGUAGACACCACAACUCCAGCACCGACCCCCACAACAACAGUAGACACCACAACUCCAGCGUCCACCACCCCAACUCCAGCGCCGACCAUCACAACUCCAGCACUGAUCAACACAACUCUAGCGCCAACCACCACUACAACAGUAGACACCACAACACUACUGCCGACCACCACAACGCACAACAACUCCAGCAUUGACCAUCGCAACUUCUGCACUGACUACCACAACUCCAGAAACCACCACUACAAAAACCCCACAUACAAAACACACCACCACAAAAACCCCACAUACAAAACGCACCACAACUCCAGCGCCGACCAUCACAACAACAGUAGACGCAACAACUCCAGAAACCACCACUUCAUCAACAGUAGACACCACAACAACAGCAGACACAAUAACUCCAGCACCGACAACCACAUCAACGCUGCAGCACCGACCACCACAACAGUAGACAUCACAACUCCAGCACCAACCACCACAACAACAGUAGACAACACAACUCCAGCACCGACCACCACAACAACAGUAGACACCACAACAACAGUAGACACAACAACUCCAGAAACCACCACUUCAUCAACAGUAGACACCACAACAACAGUAGACACAACAACUCCAGCACCAACCACCACAACAGUAGACACCACAACUCCAGCGCCGACCACCACAACAACAGUAGACAACACAACUCCAGAAACCACGACGACAAAAGCCCCGCAUACAAAACGCGCCAUCACAAAAACACCACAUACAAAACACACCACCACAAAAACACCACAUACAAAACACACCACCAGAAAAGCACCACAUACAAAACACACAACCACAAAAACACCACAUACAAAACACCCCCCCACAAAAACCCCACGUACGAAACACACCCCCACAAAAACAUCACAUACAAAAAACACCCCCACAAAAACAUCACAUACAAAAAACACCACAGCUGCAGCACCGACCACCACAACAGUAGACAUCACAACUCCAGCACCAACCACCACAACAACAGUAGACAACACAACUCCAGCACCGACCACCACAACAACACACCGACCACCACAACAACAGUAG